AUGGCAUGGCUGAGCAACCAGACCUCAGACAGUGAUUUCGUCCUCUUGGAUCUGUUCCACAGCACCCCGGUGCCCUGGGUCCUCUACACACUCACGGUGCUGGAUCUCCUGGUGGCCCUGUUGGGCAACACCAUAAUAAUCAUCCUCAUCUGGACUGAUCCUCUUCUCCACACCCCCACAUACUUUCUGCUCAGCCAGCUGUCCCUCAUGGAUCUCCUCUAUAUCUCCACGUUUCUCCCAAAGACUGUCCUGGACUUUCUGUCUGGGGACCACCACAUCUCCUUCAUUGGAUGUAGUUUCCAGAUGUUCCUCUUCACCACUCUUUGGGGGUCAGAGUGCCUGCUGCUGGCAGUCAUGGCUUAUGACCGCUAUGUGGCUAUCUGCCAGCAUCUGGGCUACCCCAUCCUCAUACAUCCCAAGGUCUGUGUGUUCCUAAUACUUGUGACCUGGCUGGGUGCAUUCUUCAAUGCCUUGAUCCAUGUGGUCUAUACUCUGACACUCCCUUACUGCACCUCCAGGGAAAUCCAUCAUUUCUUCUGUGAGAUCCCAGCACUUCUGAAAGUGGCCUGUGCUGACACUUCCCAGUACAAAAAGGGCAUUUUUGUCAGUGCUGUGAUUUUUUUCAUCCUUCCCAUCUCAGGCAUUCUGUGCUCCUAUGAAAGGAUACUGUCCACUGUACUGGGCAUGGGAUCCACUCAGGGACUCAAGAAAACCUUGGGUACUUGCUCCUCUCACAUGACUGUGGUGUUGCUUUUCUAUGGCUCUGCCAUCAUCAAGUACAUUCUGCCAAAGUCCUACCACUCCCCUGGGCAGGAAGAGGUGCUCUCUGUGUUCUACACCAUCAUCUCACUCAUGCUCAACCCCCUCAUCUACAGCCUGCGGAACAGGGACGUCACUAGAGCCUUUAGGAAAGUUUUCAGAAUAUGA